CAGUGUAACACAUAUUUUUAUCUUGUGAUCUUCAAAUGAAAAGAGGUAUAACAAUUUAAUAAAUAAAUCCCAAUUGGAGCAGAGCUAGAAUAUCCAGAAGCCCUUGGCCACCCAGGGCAAAGGAGGAAGAACAGUGACAGAGGCCUGGACAGGGAAUCUCCACUAAGAUAAGCCAGUGUCAGGAGGCAGGUGCGAGACCCGGUGGCAUAUAAUUAUUAUAAAUCAUAAUGCGGGUGGGUGUCUCAAUCUGGCCUUCCCAGCAGUCAGGCUCCAGCUGCUUUCCUUCUGCAUCUCCAGCUCUCUCCAUUCCAUAAUGCAAGGCUGAGAGAUGGAGGUCCCGCCCCAAGAACAUUCUCCAACUGAGCACUCCUUCAACCGACCACAAGCACCAAGCCUUGUCACUAGACUUAUAUAUGGGUCUCCCAAAAUGGUCAGUAUGGACCUCCUGAGGCCAAAGGGACUGUGCAGGUUUCCUUUCCCCCCGCUCCUCCCUGUUGAAAGAAGACAAUGGAGAAGGCAGUCAAAAUUCUGGAGGGCCAUGUCCAAUGGGAAUAACAAAGAAACCAUAUAAAUUCAUGGAAUGUGAAAAGAGAGAGGAGAAACAAUUUGAAAGUAUGGAGUGUGGGAAGAGUUUCACUGACAGUGGAACACUUGGAAAACAUCAACGGACUCACACAGGAGAGAAACCAUUUAAAUGCAUGGAGUGUGGAAAAAGCUUUGGUUGGAGUUCAAACCUUCGUAUACAUAAACACACUCACACAGGGGAGAAACCAUAUAAAUGUAAGGAGUGUGGAAAGAGCUUCAGUCAGAUUGGACACCUUAGAAACCAUCAACGAACCCACACAGGGGAAAAACCAUAUAAAUGUAUGGAGUGUGGAAAGAGCUUCACCGAUAGUGGAACAUUUAGAAAACAUCAACAGACACACACGGGCGAGAAACCAUUCAAAUGCAUGGAAUGUGUAAAGAGCUUCAGUCAGAGGAGAAGCCUUAGAAUCCAUCAACGGAUUCACACAGGGGAGAAACCAUUUAAAUGUUUGGAGUGUGGAAAGAGUUUUAGUACAAAUAGAGGACUGAAUAUUCAUCAUAAAACUCACACUGGGGAAAAACCAUUUAAAUGUAUGCUGUGUGAUAAGAGCUUCACUGUUAGUAGAACACUUAGAAUCCAUCAUCAAACUCACACAGGGGAAAAACCAUAUAAAUGUAUGGAUUGUGGAAAGAGCUUCACUUACAGUGAAACACUAAGAAAACAUCAACGGACUCACACAGGAGAGAAACCAUUUAAAUGCAUGGAAUGUGGAAAGUGCUUUAUUGAUGGUACAGCACUUAAUAUCCAUCAUCAAACUCACACAGGGGAAAAACCAUUUGAAUGUAUGGAUUGUGGAAAAAGCUUCACUUGUAGUGGAACACUUAGAAUCCAUCAACGGACUCACACAGGGGAAAAACCAUAUAAAUGUAUGGAGUGUGGAAAGAGCUUCUCUUCUAAUGGAGACCUUAGAAGACAUCAAUGGACUCACUCAGGGGAGAAACCAUUAAAAUGCAUGGAAUGUGGAAAGAGUUUUAUUGAGAAAAGAUCCCUGAGAACCCAUUAUCAAACUCACACUGGGGAGAAACCAUUUAAAUGCACCGAGUGCGGAAAGAGCUUCAAUCGCAGUGGAACACUUAGAAAACAUCAAUGGACUCACACAGGGGAGAAACCAUAUAAAUGUGUGGAUUGUGGAAAGAGAUUCAGUCACAGUGAAACACUAAGAAAACAUCAACGGACUCACACAGGAGAGAAACCAUUUAAAUGCAUGGAAUGUGGAAAGAGCUUUAUUGAUGGUACAGCACUUAGUAUCCAUCAUCAAACUCACACAGGGGAAAAACCAUUUAAAUGCACCGAGUGCGGAAAGAGCUUCAAUCGCAGUGAAACACUUAGAAAACAUCAAUGGACUCACACAGGGGAGAAACCAUUUAAAUGUAAGGAGUGUGGAAAGGGCUUCACCAAUAGUGGACACCUUAGAAUUCAUCAACGGACUCACACAGGGGAGAAACCAUUUAAAUGUAUGGAGUGUGGAAAGACCUUCAGUAAGAGUGGACACCUUAGAGUUCAUCAACGGAGUCACAAGGGGGAGAAACAAUUUAAAUGCAUGGAAUGUGGAAAGAGCUUCACUGAGAGUGGAAAACUUAGAAUUCAUCAACGGACUCACACUUGGGAGAAACCAUUUCAAUGCAUGGAGUGUGGAAAGAGCUUCACUCAUAGUGGAGGACUAAAACUACAUGAACGGACUCACACGGGGGAGAAACCAUUUAAAUGCAUGGAGUGUGGAAAGAGCUUCACUGAGAGUGGAAAACUUAGAAUUCAUCAACGGACUCACACUUGGGAGAAACCAUUUCAAUGCAUGGAGUGUGGAAAGAGCUUCAGUCAAAGUGGACACCUUAGAAUUCAUCAACGGACUCACACAGGGGAGAAACCAUUUAAUUGCAUGGAGUGUGGAAAGAGUUUCACUGACAGUGGAGGACUAAAACUACAUGAACGGACUCACACGGGGGAGAAACCAUUUCAAUGCAUGGAGUGUGGAAACAGCUUCAGUCAGAGUGGACACCUUAGAAUUCAUCAACGGACUCACACAGGGGAGAAACCAUUUCAAUGCAUGGAGUGUGGAAAGAGCUUCAGUCAAAGUGGACACCUUAGAAUUCAUCAACGGAGUCACACGGGGGAGAAACCAUUUCAAUGCAUGGAGUGUGGAAACAGCUUCAGUCAGAGUGGACACCUUAGAAUUCAUCAACGGACUCACACUUGGGAGAAACCAUUUCAAUGCAUGGAGUGUGGAAAGAGCUUCACUCAUAGUGGAGGACUAAAACUACAUGAACGGACUCACACGGGGGAGAAACCAUUUAAAUGCAUGGAGUGUGGAAAGAGCUUCAGUCAAAAUGGAAACCUUAGAAUUCAUCAACGGACUCACACUUGGGAGAAACCAUUUCAAUGCAUGGAGUGUGGAAAGAGCUUCAGUCAAAGUGGAAACCUUAGAAUUCAUCAACGGAGUCACACGGGGGAGAAACCAUUUAAUUGCAUGGAGUGUGGAAAGAGUUUCACUGACAGUGGAGCACUAAAACUACAUGAACGGACUCACACGGGGGAGAAACCAUUUCAAUGCAUGGAGUGUGGAAAGAGCUUCAGUCAAAGUGGAAAACUUAGAAUUCAUCAACGGAGUCACACGGGGGAGAAACCAUUUAAAUGCAUGGAAUGUGGAAAGAGCUUCACUGAGAGUGGAAAACUUAGAAUUCAUCAACGGACUCACACUUGGGAGAAACCAUUUAAUUGCAUGGAGUGUGGAAAGAGUUUCACUGACAGUGGAGCACUAAAACUACAUGAACGGACUCACACGGGGGAGAAACCAUUUCAAUGCAUGGAGUGUGGAAAGAGCUUCCGUCAAAGUGGACACCUUAUAAUUCAUCAACGGAGUCACACGGGGGAGAAACCAUUUAAAUGCAUGGAAUGUGGAAAGAGCUUCACUGAGAGUGGAAAACUUAGAAUUCAUCAACGGACUCACACGGGGGAGAAACCAUUUAAGUGCAUGGAAUGUGGAAAGAGCUUCACUACUAGUGGAAACCUUAGAAUUCAUCAACAGAGUCACACAGGGGAGAAACCAUUUCAUAGAAUCAUAGAAUCAUAGAGUUGGAAGAGACCACAAGGGCCAUCGAGUCCAACCCCCUGCCAAGCAGGAAACACCAUCUGAGCACUCCUGACAUAUGGUUGUCAAGCCUCUGCUUAAAGACCUCCAAAGAAGGAGACUCCACCACACUCCUUGGCAGCAAAUUCCACUGUCGAACAGCUCUUACUGUCAGGAAGUUCUUCCUAAUGUUUAGGUGGAAUCUUCUUUCUUGUCGUUUGGAUCCAUUGCUCCGUGUCCGCUUCUCUGGAGCAGCAGAAAACAACCUUUCUCCCUCCUCUAUGUGACGUCCUUUUAUAUAUUUGAA